UACAGUUUACUUUUUAAAAGAGAUCAGCAAUAUAGUUUACUUUUUAAAAGAGAUCAGCAAUAUAGUUUACUUUUUAAAAGAGAUCAGCAAUAUAGUUUAAUAUUUAAAAGUGAUCAGCAAUAUAGUUUACUCUUUAAAAGAGAUCAGUAA